GCUGUCUGCUGCUUGCCUGUACGCUGUACGUCAGUUUGUUGCUAAUGUAGAUUUUGUAACUGCAGGGUCCAGGGAAAUGAAUUUUCAAGAAAUACCGUAAUGUCGAGCGUCUAAAACAAUAAAUAUUUGAAAUUUAUAGCACACCAAUGGAUAAAAUUAACGUGCAAGUAGAAAAAAAUCAUUAGUAUUUUUGUUUUGUUCAAUCACGUGCUCUGUUCAAAGACGUUAUUACGUUAGUGUUUUUCCUCUCUUUUCUUGUGUUUUUGAAUGUACUGUAAUAUAAACAUAGAUUAUGGUAAUUCACAAUUAGUAUAAUAAAGGUUUUCUAAACCUUUCACAGGGAUCAUAUUCUGUUUAUUUAAUUUUUCUCUUCGCUAAGUGAAUAUAAACAUCUUUUACGUUAUGGCAUAUGAUGUUGUUUAUCGUGAGAAACAAGGGCCAGAUGGACAAGAGACUUUUUACGCUAGACUACCUGACAAGUAUUCGGUUAUGGCUGUCAGUUCAAGUAAUACGGGUGAAAGAAAGCACACACUCUUUUAUGGCUUCAAAAACUUUUUUAGAGAGGUUUUCUUACCACAAGGAUAUCCUGACAGUGUCAGCAAGGAUUAUAUGAACUAUCAGAUAUGGGACAGUGCCCAGGCAUUUUGCAGUACACUAUCUGGCACACUGGCUACGCAGUCGAUAAUGAAAGGCGUGGGUGUGGGCAGCAGCACGGCGACACCUCUCAGCGCUGCAGUCACUUGGAUCCUCAAGGAUGGGACCGGCAUGGUCGGCAGAAUCCUGUUUGCCUGGUGGAAAGGUACAAGUCUGGAUUGCGAUUGCAAGAAGUGGAGACUGUUCGCGGACGUUUUGAACGAUUUGGCGUUGAGCGUUGAAAUGUUUCUCCUUCCUUUGGCGCCGUCCUACUCGUUACAAAUUCUGUGUUUGUCUUCGACGUUGAAGGCGAUUGUUGGAGUGGCGGGUGGAGCCACCCGAGCUGUCAACACUCAACAUCAAGCCCUUUGCAACAAUAUAGCUGACGUAUCAGCCAAAGAUGGCAGCCAAGAAACGUGUCUCAAUUUGAUUGGAUCGGUAUUUGGAAUUUUGGUCUUGUCUUUAGUUGGAGAAUCUGAAGUAUUGAUGAGGCUUCUUUUUAUAUUUUUCCUGAUUGGACAUGUCUACUCAAAUUAUAUGGCAGUUAGAGCUCUACAGUUCUCAACAUUGAAUAAAGAGCGCUACUUGAUCAUCCUGAAGACAUACCUUUCACGUGGUCUUAUCAGGAGAACUGAGCAUGUGAAUUAUGAAGAAUCAGUCGUUGUAGGCAGUGGCAUAACAGAAAAACAGCUUUGUGGCUACGAAAUCUAUAUGGGCUGUUCCUUGAAAUACUUAGUAGACAAUCACCUGAUAUCUGCUCCUGAACUACAACUAUACUCACAUCUCAGUGAAAAGAGAAAGUAUCUAGUCAUAAUAAGCAUUAAAUCCAAGAAAAUAUUCGUGCCUUUACAUUCUGAACAUUCCUCGUUAGAUGCAAUUUGUGCUUAUUUUCAUGCUAUAUUGCUUGCGAUAGCAACAAAUAUCCUCUUCAAUGGACAUUUGGGUAUCCUGAAUCAAAAACGAAAUGAGCAGUCGUUACUCACAAAUCUUGAAUACGAAAUCAAGUCCAACAGAGGAACGAUUGAAGAUUAUUCUGGUGAUUACUCGGCACUUCGUAGGAAGCAAUUCCCAUUAGAAGCAAUAACUUGUAUAGGAUCACUUUUAGAUAUGGAAUUUCAACAAUUUAUUUUGCAGCUCCAUGGCAAUGGUUGGAGAACUGACUUCCACCACUUGCCGGUGGGAAUGUGGAGAAGCACAUGGAAUGUCAGAGAAUAUGACAACAAUUGACUGGCAAUCAGACUGAAAACAACUAGCAUCUAAUCAACUUUACUUUCUGCCUCCGAUUUUCAUUGAACAAAAUGGAAAACGAAGACUUGAUUGAAUGCUGAUAUCUGUCGGUAAUUACGUUCAAUAGUAGCAAUAGUGUGUUCCAUCUUUAGAAAACAGUGUAGCUAUUGGAUCUGUUAUUAUUUAAAAACGUAAUGUUUUAGUACCCAUCAGUCGUUGUUUCGUAACGUGUAAUAGUUGACCUGAAAUUUACAGUAGUACAAGUUUUACCAUGUGUGUUGGAAUUUGAAAUCAGAUUAGAAUCAGUCUACUCAUGUGGAAUCAAUCAUUUUUAGACUAAACUUUAGUGAUCAAUAAUUGUUGAUUAUUGAACACUCAUGUAUCUUAGACUGUACUACUAUUCUACUUAGGUAUAUUGAUCAUUCUACUCCUUGGAAGGGCCUGUGCUUCAGGCCAGCUCCACCAACUGACCAUUAUCAGCUUAAAAUUCAUGUCCUCACCGAAAACUGUAGGUGUAUUCAUAUUCCAUAAUCAUUUCUCCCAUUACCCAAGCACAAUCAUACAGCUCAUUGGUUAUCAACUUCAGCUAGGCUAUGCUUUCAUCCCUUGUAAUGAUACAAUGCUGUCUAAUGUAGAAAAUUGAGAACGUUUAAUGGCAAUAACAUUUUAUAUUCUGUUUAUUUUCAUGAUAAUUCAAAUUAUUUACUUGAAUAGUAUUAAAGAACACAAAGAACAUAAAGUACCCUUUAUUUAAAAUAUUUCAAAAGAACAACUAGUUUCGGCCUUUGGCCAUUUUCAAGUUCAAAUCAACUAUUUCAAAUAUUAUAAAUAAAGGGUAGCCUAUUUUAUGUUAUUAUAUUGUGGUUUUUAAUAAUUUUAAAAGUAGCCCAAGCUAAUGAAUUGAACUUUAAUAGCAUUUAUUUCUUGGGAAAAGACUGCAUAUGUAUCCUACCUCUUUUUCAAAAGUAAAUAUUAACAACAUCCCUCUAUAAUGGCAUCCAAAAUUGAAGUAUUAUGAUCAUGAUUCUAAAUUUUGAUCUAUCAAUACUGAAUGUAUAAUAAUUCCAUUUCUCUUGUAAUCAACAUUUAACUGUGUUAUUCUUUAGUGAUUCAAUUGAAAAAUUGGUUUCACUUUUUCUUUUUAUAUACUAGUUUGAUUAAUAUUAAUUGAAUUAAGUGCUUCAUCUGCAAGGUUUAGAGAUAUAGGUAGUCCAAUAGGUUUGAUUUUGGCUGUGUCGAGUUACUUGAGAAAAUGCUCAAGGUGUUAGAGCCAUCGAUUAUGUAGAAUCUCUAAAUGUGUAUAGUAAAUAUUUCCUAGUAAUCUCCUAGAGAUGGCUAGAAGAUAAAGAGUGCAUGUUUGAUAGAGUAAUGUAAUCAUACCACAACGAAAACGUUGACUGGUGGUCUUUCUUGGGUAUUAGAGCUACCAGUAUAUUUCUAUCAAUCUUGGUGCACUAUCAUGUUAUUGUAUCAGCUAGAAAAUAUUUCAAUUCUAGAUUUUUAAACAAAAAAACAUCCAAUCAUAAAUUAUUUUUCCACUAUCAAAAAUGUAAUGCUGUUAAGACUGUGAACUGAAAAUGGAACACACCUGCUUAAUAUGCCAAGUACACUAGAUUGAUUACUUGAAAAUUCAAUAUUUUCUCU